AUAAUACCCCUAUCUGGCUGUCUCUCUGGGCUUCUCUCCCCUGUAACAGAUACAAGAAUACCAUACUUUAGCCUCAAUUGAAGCAACAGAGGUUUAAAUGCUUUCAGCUCAACCACUGUAUUCAGAUACUGCUGGAACAGCAGAGCAUUCAAGCUCAGACAGCCGCGAACUGAAAACCCAAGCCUACAAAAAAGGGAGAGCGAAAGACAGAAGGAAAGAAAGAAAGCAGGAAACCCAACGUCAACAAUCCCAUAACUCGCUCCAGCUCAUUCAUUUUUCUUCUCCCGGCAGCUCUUGGGAAGGGGUCGUGUGGCGUGGUCUCAGAGACUCUCCUACUCUCCAUUGCUGCAUCUUCAGGACAUGGCGCUGAGCAUCCCAGGAACUGUUCCUCUCUGUACCAUUAGCCUUGGAAUUCUACUCAUGGUGUAUGCUCUCCCUGCUGAAGCUGGGCUUUCUCAGAAGCAUGGUCCAGAUAUUGUUGAUGACAGCAAGGACAAUAUCACCAUCUUCACACGUAUUCUGGACCGGCUGUUGGAUGGGUAUGACAAUCGGCUGAGACCUGGACUUGGAGACAGCGUAACUGAAGUCAAGACAGACAUUUAUGUGACGAGUUUCGGCCCUGUCUCAGAUACAGACAUGGAAUACACUAUUGAUGUCUUUUUCCGGCAGUCCUGGAGAGACGAGCGGCUUAAGUUUGAUGGCCCCAUGAAGGUCCUCCCCCUUAACAACUUGCUGGCCAGUAAGAUCUGGACUCCUGACACCUUCUUUCACAAUGGCAAGAAAUCAGUGGCCCACAACAUGACCACACCCAACAAGCUGCUGCGCCUGGUGGACAAUGGCACCCUUUUGUACACCAUGAGGUUAACCAUUCACGCUGAGUGCCCCAUGCACCUGGAGGACUUCCCAAUGGACGUGCAUGCCUGCCCGCUGAAAUUUGGGAGCUAUGCCUACACAAAGACAGAGGUGAUCUACUCCUGGACGUUGGGGAAGGAUAAAUCAGUGGAAGUGGCCAAAGGUGGAUCUCGCCUGAAUCAGUAUGACCUCCUGGGCCAUGUGGUCGGAACAGAGACAGUCCGAUCCAGUACAGGGGAAUAUGUCGUCAUGACCACGCACUUUCACCUCAAGCGGAAGAUUGGGUACUUUGUGAUCCAGACGUACCUGCCCUGCAUUAUGACAGUCAUCCUAUCACAGGUUUCCUUCUGGCUUAACAGGGAGUCUGUUCCCGCCCGGACUGUAUUCGGUGUCACCACCGUUCUCACCAUGACCACACUGAGCAUCAGCGCCAGAAACUCCUUACCGAAAGUGGCGUACGCGACGGCCAUGGAUUGGUUCAUAGCCGUCUGUUACGCCUUUGUGUUUUCUGCGCUGAUCGAGUUUGCUACUGUCAACUACUUCACCAAGCGGAGCUGGGCCUGGGAUGGCAAGAAGGUGCUGGAGGCCCAGGAGAUGAAGAAAAAAGAGCCGGUGGCACUGGCCAAGAAAGCCAACAACACCUACAACAUUGUGGGCACAACGUACGCCCUCAACAUCGCCAAGGAUCCUGGCCUGCCCACCAUCUCCAAGAGUGCUGCCGCCACUGCCACCGCUACUGCCACCAUGCCUCCCAAAGGCCCCCGCGUGGAGGAGAAGCCCCCGGAAAGCAAGAAGACCUACAACAGCGUCAGCAAGGUGGACAAGAUGUCGCGCAUUGUCUUUCCCGUCCUCUUCGCCAUUUUCAACCUUGUCUACUGGGCCACGUAUGUAAACCGGGAAUCGGCCAUCAAGGGCAUGAUCCCCAAACAAUAACGCAGCCACACAAACCUUCCAUCUGUGAAUGCCAUCCAGGCAGGAAUUCUCCGGGGCUUUCUUCUUCUUCUUUGUUUGAUUUAUUAUUAUUAAUAAUAUUAAUUUGACCUAUUUUGAUUAUAUUAGAACAUUUUUAAUGUAAACAAAACUGUGAUAUUUAUUUAACUCCUUUUUGGUUUAUUUUAGUUUAUUUUUUGCUGUUGAUGAUAAAAAAGGAUUAGAAAAAAAUGUGUGCCUCUAACAUCAUGGGUCUGAUGUCCUGUCCCCCCCCUCACCCCGCCCAUGUCUCUCCCCCUCGACUCCCUGUGAAAUGAAAGCUGCUUGCAUGCUGUUUUCAUUCCAUGCUAAGCUUUACUGAGGCCGGCUGGUGUGUUUUUCAACCUCACUCCCACCCUAUGAUAGACUGCCCUGGUUUUGUGGAUCACUAUUGCUUAGAGACUCAUGGAAGCAUAGGGCCUUCAAGGAUGCAAUGACCUCUGUGGACAUCCUGCCAGUUGGGCUGACUUACUGUGUUAUUCUUUGCAGUAGCUUUAUUCUUAGAGCAGCGACUGGUUUGUGAGCUGUUGAGGGAGCUGCAUAGCCUCCACUGCAAGGCAACCUCUGUGUUACCAUAGUCAGUUGCCACAUGCAGCUUUCAUGUUUGAACGCAAUGGGUGAGGCCGUAGCUGUCAUGUAACUGGCUGCAGUGUCAUGUAGACAUCUUCAGGGCUGCCAAUUCUCCAUCUUUGCCCAACCAUCUGCCUUCCAUCCUCCUUCCCUCUCUCUGGGCAGAACUGAGCACCCUGUCAGAGUAUUCUCUUCCACUGCAGUUCUACCACCCUCUCCUAAUGGAGUGAAAACAAGCAGAACAUUAGUUAUUCGUGCCUCCAGUGGACACUUCAUAUGGUGCUUUCCAUUAGACAGAGAGACACAUAAGUGUCCUCAGGGUGAAUCAGUGAUUGACCUCGGUGAGGAGCACCAGAAGCUGAGGAGAGGUUUCCAAAUCCUUGGAAAGUUAUAAGCUGGAAGGGAAUGUGUGGGCUGAUGGGUGGCUUUAUUUUUUUCCUAUUGUUCCAAUCUCCUUGCCUCCUCCUCCUCUUCAUUAACUUUUCCCCUCCCCACUCCCAUUCCUCCAAAAUCAUCCUUUCUCCUGCCACAAGCUACAAGCUUUUACAGACCUCUCCGUCUAAGGGUGAAACAUGACAAGGGAGGUGUCUGGAACUGGACAGGGCCUUAGUGUUAGCAGCAGCAUGGCACCAAGAUGUGCAGUCCCACUGGAGCCCGGCCCAGGAAGCAUCUUUGCUCUGAUAAGGUGGAGCCCUAGUGCAGUGGCAAUGUUGGCCCUUGGCUAUGAAAGAAUAAGACUCUCUCCUUACAAGAGGGAGAGGAGAUCCUGACUUGGGGGCAGGGGCUACAAGGAGUUGUGACGAGUGUAAAUCAGGAAGGACUCUAUUGAAGCCAAUGGAGUUUGGCCAGCGAGGUCAGAACCAGACCUGAAUCCCCAGGCUGCUCCCUUUGAGAGAGCCUCUUACCCCCUCCCACCAGCCAGGGUCAGCCACACCUUUCCCAACAGUUGUGCCAAUAUGCUGGGAUCCCAGCUGUCCUUUCCUCCUCCCGUCCCCUUUCCCACUAGUCUGGACAUACGGGGACACUGCCCAGAUGUCGGGAAUUACAUGCUGCAUCUGGUACACUCUCCUGCCCCCAGCCAGUGAUUCUUUGGUGUCACCUUCAUCUGCCCCCAUGCAGUCAUGUGGCUUCUGCGAGGAGGCUGCUGGCAGCCCGGCUCGCUGCCUGCGAGCAUCAUGUGGCCUCCUUUCUGUGUACACCCAUGUGCAUUUCAGGUGAAAUAGACACCUAUGCAGGGCACUAACACCAGUGGGACUUAAAUGGUGCAUUGGCCUGGUUCUGGCCCUCAGGGAUCAAUUUCACCCUUGGUGGGCAAAGGCUUAAUUGAUUAUUAAGAACAGUACAUGCCCUCCUGCAAUAUUCAUGGGGACUGCAGGAUCAGAGCAGGGAAGCACAGGGAAUUUAGGACUAGACUGUGCAACUGUUACUCAUGUGGAUGAGCUCUUAUUACACAGACAUGCUCCCACAGCUUCUUAUCCCUCCACUGACUCAAUGGCAGCAUUGCACUGGCUGUCCUCUCACAGCCACUGGGACAGGAGCCUAGGAGUGGUCAGACUAGAUCAAACCCAUGCUCCAUCUGCUGCACUAUCCUGUCUCUGACUGUUCCCAGCCCCAGAGAAAGGUGCAAGAACCCCACAGUAGACAGAUGUGGGAUAAUCUGACAUCCACAGGCUUGUGCUCCCUUCCGCUCAGGGGUGAGUGAGGAGCACACAGACCCCGAACGAAUGUGAUAUUUCCUUAAUGCCUGUCAUACCAGAGAGCUGACUCAGCUCCCAGCAAAGGCUCGCCUUACCUGCCGCUGCAGGAAGUGACACUGGGGUGGGGUACAGCAGCUGUAUCACUUUACAUCAAUGACAAACAAUGAAAAGGUGACGAUAACUAGGAUACACCAGGGAGGCUGCAGAGGGCCUUCCAGUUUUGGAAUUUGCCAGGAUGUAGGGGCUAACCCCACAGCUUUUGCAACCUCCUCUACUCUGACACCACUGUCACACCAUUGCUGUCACAAACACCCUUUCUCUAAAUUACCAUAUACCACUAAAGCCAGCCCUAUGGCAAACAGGCUACUCUAACCCCCGGGGCACUGACACCAUUAAGUAUUCCAAGCACUGCUAUUUUAACACCCCUGGAGCUAACAUUAUCUCUGCCCCAAACUCUGCGACUAACACCACAAGGGCUAACUGCUGACAGCCUCUUUCAUGGCCACCAGGGGGCAGCCCUUUGCCAAGGGUCAGUUGGGUGUUUUGGAAAGUAUUUCCAGGUCAUUUUCUUAACUAGCCAAGACAAAGUGAAUGUCAUAAAAUAGUCAUGUGCGAUCAUAGUCAAGCUAAGUGAGUGAAAUAGAAACUCUAUGAAAGCAAAUGCAAUAAAAUGGUAACUAAAGAAUA